CACUUGGCUCGUUUUGCGUUGGGAAGCACGUUGUUUUGGCCAUCAGCAUUUGUGUGGCCACCAUAUGCAAGUCGGGAUUUUAGACUCAAACUAAGCCGAGUUACUUACAAUGACUUAUAAAUCAGUAGGUUUAUGAGUUUCGUUCAAUAACAAACUAAAAUUUCGAGAUUUUUAAAAUUCCAAAUUUUCUUUGUCUGAAUUUUAGAAAACAAGUAUUAUGUCUCUAAUGCUAAUGUUGAUGAUUCAUAUAGUCUUAUUUUAUCCAUUGACAUCGGUGAAUGCUGCUUUAGGCAAUGAUACUGUCAAAAUCAUUAACGGGUUUUCUUGCGACAUUAAGGAGACUCCCUAUCAGGUCUCACUGCGCUAUGCCGCUAGAGAGAGAAGACGAUGGGGCAGCGGCCAUUAUUGCGGUGGAACUAUUGUUAGCAAUCGUGCGAUUAUCACUGCAGCUCAUUGCUUAAGGGGGAGGCAGAAAGAAGUAGUAGUUGUAGUAGGGAACACUUUUCUAGACGACAGAUCUGCAACAACGAAGGAGCUGGAAAUCUUAUCUUGGCGUAUUCACCAAAAAUAUACUAAGCCAUUCAACGAUAUUGCAUUGAUCUUUACUGUCGAGUAUAUAGAACCCAUUAGUGGGGCUAUUGAAAUUUUGCCCCUAAACACGAGGGAAGUGGACGCGGGUACCAGAUGUCUUGCAUCCGGCUGGGGUCGGUCCAAUCACUUUGUGCCAGCUCCCACGAAUGAUCUGAGGGCGCAAUGGAUACAGAUUGUCAGCCCUAGAAUCUGUAGGAAGCUCUAUCGUAUACCUAAAGUAAUUUGCGCCGGCGAUGCGUCCACUACUGGGCCCAGCUAUGGUGAUUCGGGUGGCCCGUUAAAGUGCGACAAUGAAUUGUCGGGUAUCGUCUCUGUGGGAAGGCUUGUGGGUGGUCCGACCGCAUACACAAGUAUUCGGGAUUUUUACCCUUGGAUACGACAUGAGCUCAGAAACUUCAAUGGAGCUCCGCCACUGCGACCGUCUUGCAUCCAGAGACAGAUUGGUUUGGUCAUCACCAUUUAUAUGGUAACAAAAUGAUUCAUUCUCAAGGGAAUGCUCAAAGGGGCCAAGUUGGGAAUCGAGUCUGGGCACCUGCUACCAGAU